CGGAGUGAAUCCUCAUCGCCAUGGGAAAUACGGAGAGCGGUGUGACCAGCGGGGAGAAGGCUCAAGCCGGCACCUCUACACAGAAGCUCUACAAGCUGGUCGACCUCAAAGGUGGCGGCCUGCUCGUGGACAUGAUGAAGCGCGCCAUCCAGACGAAGCAGUACGCGGAGCUGGACCACGCCAUUAAGACCAAGGUGGAGCCCUUCCUAUACAACAAGGGCAAGGGGAAACUCUUCCCCAUUUCGCACGUCGUCCUGCUGCGUAACAAGGAACGCCCACGUCACAAACUGUUACCACCACUUCGUUCACUGGAGAACCCAGACGAUUUUGACAUCGAUGAUCUGCCAAUUCCUGACGAGAGUAAGCUAGACCCCAGCAAGUGCCGCGAGGUGUGCUGGGACCUGAAGGAGCGCGGCGCGGUGGGGGAGACGGUGCUGCACCUCUGUCUGCUCAACGCCACCUCCACCCACGCCGAGCUGGCCAAGCGCCUCCUGCGCUUCUACCCCAAGCUCGUCAACGAUAUCUACAUGGGCGACCAGUACUACGGUGAAAGUGUGCUGCACAUAGCGAUCGUGAACGAGGACCCGGCCAUGGUGAAGUUCCUGCUGGACAGUGGUGCCAACGUGCACGAGCGCUGCUUCGGCACGUUCAUGAGCCCAGAGGAUCAGAAGGCCCAGCGCUCAGACUCCCUGGACCACGAGUGGGUCAACGUCAACUCAGACACAAACUAUGAAGGCUACGUGUACUGGGGGGAAUACCCGCUGAGCUUCGCUGCCUGCCUGGGACAGGAGGAGUGCUACCGGCUGGUGCUCGCCAAGGGUGCCAACCCAGAUAGCCAAGACACCAACGGAAACACCACGCUGCACAUGCUCGUCAUCCACAAGAAGAUGACCCAGUUCGACAUGGCUUAUGAAGUUGGCUCUUCACUCGACAUUAAGAAUAACCUCAACCUCACACCGCUCACGUUAGCCGCUAAGCUGGCUCGAAUAGAGAUGUUUUUCCAUAUCUUAAACAUAGAAAGAGAGAUCUACUGGCAAAUAGGAAGCAUCACGUGCGCAGCCUACCCGCUCUCGCAGAUCGAUACCAUCGAUAUCGAAACAGGAAACAUCAGCAAGAACUCAGCCUUGAAUCUGGUAGUAUUUGGGGAGAAAGACGACCAUCUAGAGCUGAUGGACGGCGUUCUGGUCGACCUCCUGCACGCUAAGUGGAAUGCCUUUGUAAAAUUCAAGUUCUACCGGCAGUUCUUCCUGUUCUGCUUCUACUUCAUGUUCUCGCUGGUGUGCUUCACACUGCGGCCGGGCCCGCCCCCCACCAGCCUCAAGGCGACGGCGAGUCCUGCCAUCAACGCCACCAUCCCCACCAACGCCACUAUCGCCACCAACGGGAAAUGGAAGACGAUGACUAGUGAGGCCAAAGAUAGAUUGCCGUUUGGGCGGACUCCAGAGACAUGAAAUGAGGACAAGGAGGAGGAAACGUGGUGGGAGGAGCUGCAGGGCGAGUGCCGGCUGAUGCAGUUCCGCAGCCUCGAGGCGAAGGUGCGGCUGGGCGCCGAGCUCGCCAUGCUGGCCGGCUCCUUCCUCUACAUCCUGUCCGCGCUGCGCGAGGCGCACUUCCUGGGCCUCAACAUGUUCAUCGAGAACCUCAUGACGGCGCCGUCGCGCGUCAUGUUCCUGUGCUCGUGCCUGUUCAUGCUGGGGAUGCCCUUCCUGCGCCUGUCGUGCCACACGGAGGCCGAAGACGUGGUCGCCGUCUUCAUCAUGCUAACCACCGCUCCCUACUUCCUCUUCUUCUGCAGGGGCUUUAAGACAGUUGGACCCUUCGUAGUAAUGAUCUACAGAAUGGUAAUGGGCGACCUUCUUCGCUUUGUGUCGAUUUACCUCGUUUUUGUCAUGGGAUUCUCUCAAGCGUACUACAUAAUAUUCCUGUCGUUCGACAACCCGAAUACCCCGGAAGGCGUGGACGACUCUGUCACCAACCCAAUGCCCAGCCCGACGGAAUCCAUCAUGGCGAUGUUUCUCAUGUCGCUAACGAAUUUCGGCGAUUACUUCGGCGCAUUCGAGCGCACUGAUCAUGAGCUGGAAGCUAAGCUGCUGUUCGUGAUCUACAUGGCGAUCGUGGCCAUCCUACUGGUGAACAUGCUGAUCGCCAUGAUGGGGAACACGUACCAGAAGAUCGCAGAGACGCGCAACGAGUGGCAGCGACAGUGGGCGCGCAUCGUGCUGGUCGUGGAGCGAGGCGUCAGUCCGGCGGAGCGACUCAAGAAGCUCAUGUGGUACUCGCAGCCCAUGUCCGACGGCCGGCGCGCACUGGUACUCAGGCUGCACCAGACGGAGGAAGACAAAGAAGAAAUGAAGGAGAUCCUGGAGAUGAAGCGUACACAUGAUCGCAUGGUUAAAAAACGUCAGCGUGGUAUUCAUAAAGGAUUGUCAGCCACUCCCAGCCCAAAGAGACUCGUCCUUUAGUGUGAUGGGUAGAAAACUCUGCACCAGCACCACAUGUGACAUACAGUGAGAGAAAAAAGUUUGUGAAUAUUCCUCACACAAGUAAUAAAACUGUAUAUUGUAUAAUCAAAGAUAAUAAGAAACCUGGAAUUUUAUGUCCAGUCAUAUUUCUGUUAACUAACUAACAAAAUAUUUCUGUUGACUAAC